ACGGUUGUGUGCAUAUUAUUAAAAGUUCUGCUUCACAAAACGCCUUGUUUGCCACUUAUUGUCCUUUGUACACAUAGUGAAGUCCGAGACGUUACUGAAGACGCAGCUUAGCUGGUACAGUAUCUUUUAAGGUCCCCCGGGAAAAUUCCGUUGUGUUGUGACUCACUUCCGUUGUGUUGUGGUUCUAUUUGCAGCGCGUUUUUCUAGUUGCAGCGCGUUUUUCUAUUUGCUGCGCCUGUGUUGUAAUUUUGAUGGAUGUGUUUUGUGCUUUUGCAGCGCUUUUCAAUUUGCACUGCGUUGGGCUUUCUCGGCCACCGUAAGAUUCUAAUGUGUGGCCAUGACUUAUUAUGGGGUGUGAACGAGAUCCUGGAGGGCCAAAGUUCAGAAACCUAACUGCUGCUUAACAAGUUAACUUUAAAAUAAAGUUACAGUUUUAAAUAUAAGCUACAGUCAUGUUUGAAACUUUUUUUUCUAAAUUUCUGAAUUAAUUUACUGGGAAAAUUACAUAUUACAUGUGGUGUGAGUGAGAAGCUCUGUCUGACAAUCUAUCUUUCUAUGACAAUGUAAUAGUGUAAUCUCUGUACACAAUGACUGAAUUAUUUUCUUAUUAUUUAGAUUUUAAUGAAAAGAGGCCACGUGAGUCUCUCUUUGCAACAUAUACGAUGAAGCUUCCUUGACAUAAAUUGUUUCAGACAAUGCUUCUCCUCCCUAAGAUGUAAUUCACUUAGCAGGAUAUCUGGGAAAUCUAGUCUGUCCAGUAGGAUGAGAGGACUGGGAGAUUCCAAUUGGACAGUGCAAGUGUUUGGCUUAAAUUGUCCAGCUUAAUUGUGAAAUCCUGCUUUGUGAAAUUCCACUCAAUGCCUGAUGUGUCCGUCUGUGUGUGUGUCGGGGGAAGAGGAAGAGAGCAGUAAAAGAAGAGGAGAAUGGAACGCUUAACAGGAGCUGGUGUGGUGCCGCUGGCUGUAGGUGCAGUUGGGCUACUGAUCUUAUUGAAGUUGAUCAGAAGAGCGAGAGGCAGGCAGAUCCUACAGGAUAAAGUCGUGGUCAUCACGGGAGCCAGUUCAGGCUUGGGAAAAGAAUGUGCACGAGUGUUCCAUGCUGCAGGGGCGAGGCUUAUUCUGUGUGGACGAGACCAGAAAAGACUGCAGGAGGUCGUUCAGGAGUUAAGGACCGUGACAGAUGGUCAGAAAAAGACUUACACACCUUGCACAGUCACCUUUGACCUCUCAAACACGGACACAGUUGCCCGGGCGGCAGUGGAGAUUCUGAAAUGCCACGGUCAUGUGGAUGUCCUCAUUAACAAUGCAGGCAUUAGUUACCGAGGCAACAUCCUGGACACCCAUGUUUCUGUGCAGAGGGAUGUCAUGGAGACCAACUAUUUUGGCCCUGUUGCCCUCACUCAAGCCAUUCUUCCCUCUAUGGUGGGAAGGGGCAGUGGACACAUAGUGGCUAUCAGCAGUGUGCAGGGAAAGAUUGCCAUUCCUUACAGAUCAGCUUAUGCUGCGUCCAAGCAUGCGACCCAGGCCUAUUUUGACUGCCUUCGAGCAGAGGUGGAAAGGUUCGGCUUACAGGUGUCAGUCAUCAGUCCUGGAUACAUUAGAACCAACCUGUCACUCAACGCUGUUACUGGAGAUGGGUCCAAAUAUGGUGUGAUGGACAAGACAACGGCAACUGGAUGGGAUCCAACAAAGGUGGCUCAUGCUGUUUUAAAAGCUGUCCAUUACAGACAAAAAGACAUUCUUUUGGCUGGACCUCUGCCCACUCUUGCUGUCUACCUCCGCACUCUUUGGCCUGCCGCCUUCUUCAGAGUGAUGGCCUCUCGUGCCAAGAAAGAACAAAGACUAAAAGAACAGUAAAAAAUAGACAUAGCUAUUAAAACCAGACAGAGAGAGAUUUCUUCUGUGGAGUGUAAUGAAUUAAAUUUUGUAUGUGUAGUGGGUGUUUGGUAGAAGCAUUUUUACUGUAUGAUGUUCCAAAAAACCUUGCAGGACCUGCAGAGUUUGUAUUUUUAAUAUGUUCGAAAGUGAUGUAUGUCUGAUAGAAACCAUGUGAAAACUGAACAGUAUUGAAGGUAAGAUGCAAAGCUUCACUAAUUGCUGAAAUAAUGUUACCUCUUUGGCAAAUUAGUGGCCUGAGCCCUGUUCAGUUUUUGCCCCUUUACCCAUUCUAUCUCUUUACUGUUUCCAUUGUGAUUAAUUACUCUCACUCAGCAAUGAAUAGGAACAUUGUGGCAAUUCUGGGUAGGGCAUCCACUUACUCACAAAGCCACAUGAAUUCUCUGUGAUAUGGAUUACACAGGAAACAUUCCUUUGAUUUUAUGAUGACAUAAUUGCAUCAGUAAAUUCCUGCUGAUAAUUUUUUUUCUCCACUGUACCACACCUUUAAAUGGGUUUCUACUGUAUUCAGUUAAUUCAUAUUGACCACUGGAGAACACCGAUAGCAGUGCCAUGUUAAUGAAAUGAACAUGGUUUUAGAACACGUUUGCUAUCAUGGUCCUGGCAUCCCCAUACUUCACACAUUUAGGCUAUGUUUUGGGCUAUAUACAGUAGUAUGAAAAAGUUUGGGCACCUCCUUUAUAAAUCAAUGGUUGUUUGGAUCAGCAAUUUCAGUUGAAUAUAUCACAUAGCAGACGAACACAGUGAUAUCUGAGAAGUGAAAUGAAGUUUAUAGGAUAUACAAAAAACAAAUUUAAUUGGUUUAAUACCUUUAGCACUAAUUAUUGUAACACAAAAUUUUGUUUGGUAACCUCAUUGGCCCUUUACCUACAUACACAGGUGAAUCAAAUUAUGGACUAUUGCAAGUUUUUCACCUCUUCUCAUCCACCAUAAAUAUUGCAACAGUAGGCAGAGGCUGCAGCAUUUGAGGUGGAAAAGAAAAAAUAAAAUUAAACGAAACAAAAGUUAAUAAAAAGCUAAUUUUAGCUCCCCAACACAAAUUUAAGUUUGUUUCAAUUAACAAAUACACAAGCUAAGUUCAGGCUUUAGCAUCGCUAAAUGUUUAAAUGAUCAUAAUUUAUAGUCAAAAAAAUACAGAUAAAAUUAUACAGUGACAGAAUUUACUAAACAUUUUAACAAACAUGUCUAUUUUGAUAUUCCUCAUAUACCAGACUUAGCCAUGCAGUUUGAAUAAUGCUAAUAUCACUAAAGAGAGGCUAUAGGUUUCUAUUACUGGUUUGUUUGCUAAUUCAUAGCUAACUAGCUACAUUAGCCAUGUAGCUCCAGUGCUAACCUGAAACAGUAAAUUCUGGGAACAGAGAAAAAUUUCUGAACCACUUUUUAAACCAAAUAAACCAAUUUAUAAAAUUCUACAGAUUUUAUGUGAAAAAGCUGUUUUAACGAAUCAAUUUUACCUUGUUUUCUGCUGGUGGAGCAGCUAUUUCAGCCACCACAGUCUUUCACUUGGCAGGAAAGCUCUGUGAUAUUUGAGAUCUUUAUUUAGUGUUGUUACCACACUGUUUCUACUCCAAUACAUCCACUGACUGCUUCAGCCUGUUGUUUAUUUCUGCUCUGUACUAGCUACCUAUUAUCACUUCACUACGCUAAAUAUGUUCCCUGAGAGAUUAAAAUGGGGAGAACAAAGCUUGUGUUCACAUUACCAAGCUGAAGUAUAUAUAUUUGAGUUGUUUGGACAUGUCUAAUUCAAUCUUCCCAAUUGGAUUUGAGGCACUUUGGCUAUGUUUACAUUACCAGGCCGAAGUGACUCAAAUAUUUUUUUUUCAGGGCUGUGUGGACAUGUCAAAUUCAAGUAUUUAUUAAAAAUAGUGCAUCACUCACUCUGUAGAAAAAAAUAGACUUAUUUAUUUCAUUAAAAACUUGACCCUUCAAAAGACUGGACUCCUCUAAAAGCUCUUGCAGAUUAAUUUGUUCAUUAUUGUUUUUUGGUUGCACAUCAUAAUAAAUAAUAAAUGGUUUGUUGAAUCA